UAUGGAAGAGGUAAAUGGCCAUAAGAAGAACAAAAGAAUCCUCAAUGUAAUAAAGGAAUUGCAAAGGCUGGGAAAGUAUAAUGAAAUGGUUAAUUUAGUAAGAAAAGAGGUAGAUGCCUUUAAACCAACAGCUACUUUAACAGAAAAGUAUAACAGGGCCUGUAUGGUAAUUGAAAAGUACUUAGCUAACCAGGAUACAGUAGUGCUAGAGUCAAUAAUAAACAGCGUGAAUUAGGAGGUGUAAAAUGUAAUAAAAUAAAGAUUCAAUGGAUUGUA